AUGACCUCAACCUUGCUCUCGAGAGAUACCACACAACAUCAACCAGACCUCGCCGCUGCGAUGGCCUCCGCCGUACUUGCCUCCAUCGACAAUGGCGCCUACCCUAUUUCCGAAGAAGAUGCAGCAGCAGACCUCACACCCGCUUCACUCGAAUCACUUUCACGCGCACUUCAAGAACAGCAGAAUGACGUCAAAUCGUCAAUCAAGAGCAUCAGCAAGGACGCUAGCAGCGAUAUCGAUACAUGGAUAACACGAGCGAAAGAGCUACAGGCAGAUAUACUGCGAAGUCGAGAGACGGCGCGACAAAUCGUCGCCGAAGCUGAGGCAGGGAAAGAGCUACGGGCAAGGGCAGACGACCGAAAGAAGAAGGUACAACUACUGGAGAAGGAAGUAGCGUUCCAGGAGACCGUAGCUGCCAGAUUGGAUCACAUUCGCCAUGCCAACGGGGUGCUACGAGAUGUGCAGGACAGCAUUGUGGCUGGUGACCUUUCCGGAGGCUUGCAAAAGCUUGAAGCAGCAGAAGAGAGCAUUGGUGGCCUAGGCGCGAGCAACGAGAGCGGAGUGGGCGCGUUAUUGGGUAAAAGAGUCGAAGGUCUGAGAGAGCGACUGAAAGAGGCCGUCACACUAGGGUGGCAGGAGCGACUUUCAAUCGAUGUCGAGGGCCGGAAGGUGCAGAUAAAUGAUGGCAUCGUAGGCCUCGUACGACCAGCGCAAGGGUUGGGCAUAUUGGACGAAUUGGUAAAGAAAGCCGCCAAGGACUUCGACAGAGCCAUUCUACGACCGCGCAUGAUCCCCAAUCGCGAGGGCAAAGUCCCUACCACCGAAGCGUCAGGCCGCAUUAUCUCCUGCCGAAUCGCCAGCGAAGAAGCGAAUGCAUCAGAUGUGAUCGGAAGCUUGUGGGCGAUCUCAAUAGUAUUGGCCAGCAAUCUACCAGAGUCUGUCACGGGACCGCUCUCUGAACACCUCAUGCCAAUCCUUACCACCAGGCUGGAAGAGCGAUGGUUAGAGCCGGCAGUUCCGAUAGAGAUCGGCGAGAUGGCUGGCUUCCAGGCGCUUUUGAAAGAGGUGAAUUACUUUGCGGACGCUAUCGACAGGCAUAGAUGGCACGGCAGCAAGCCACUACGAGACUGGACACAAAGUGCACCACGAAUAUGGCUUACGAAGAGGAGGGAGGCACUGCUUGGAGAUGUGCGCAACCUUGUGUUCACAGGUCUCAAAGAACAGAAGAUUGUUGAGAGAGUCGAGACGCAGAUGGUGAGCAAGGAUGAUGCCAUGCACGGGGGGGAUGGUGCAGAUGAUGAGUGGGACACUGCUUGGGACGAGCCAGAAGAGCCAGCUACACAAGCAGAGAAGUCUGAAGGGAUUGAUGAGGCUAGCGCGUGGGACCUUCCAGAUGACGAUGAGGUACCGAAGGAAGAAGAGGACGGCGCAGAUGAUGCGUGGGGAUGGGGAGACGUAGACGGAGGCGCGCCAGACAGUCCCCAAGCGACUCGAUCUGCACCACCACCGGUGAACGGCGAGAAGAGCACAGCACAAUCGACUGAGUGCGAGAUGACCCUUCGUGAGACUUUCACGGUGACCGCUGUUCCUGAUGGCCUACUCGAGCUGGUCCAGCAGGUCAUCACAGCUGCACAGACACUCGCCGGACCUGAAUAUGCCAAAUCACCUAUCGUGCCAGCAUCAGUCGCGCUCUACACCCUACCGACUCUUGCGCUCGCCAUCUACCGUGCUACGGCCUCGACGGCGUACUCGCGCCUCGAGAAUGGCAACAUGCUCAUCUACAACGAUACCGGUCGCCUCUCAGAUCAGCUGCGGGCAUGGCAGGCAGCACAGCCGACCUCGUCGCGCUUGAGAUUGGACAACGAUGUCAAAGCGCUCGACCAAUUCGCCAAGAAAGCUUAUGGCGCUGAGAUGGAGUCGCAGAAGACGAUCCUACGCGACUUUCUUGAUGGCGCGCAGGGAUUCAGCAACUGUACGACGCAGCCCUUUAAGGAUGAGUGCGAAAGUGCCAUCGAUCAGACAAUCUACCGCCUCAAUGCGGUCUAUGCACAAUGGAAGCCUAUCCUGUCGCAAAGCGCUCUGCUGCAGUCUGUCGGACAACUUCUUGCCACCGUAACAGGCAAAAUGAUCACCGAGAUCGAGGAUCUUCCAGAUAUCAGCGAGGCAGACUCAAAAGAACUGAAGAGUCUAUGCGACCGGAUCUCCUCUCUUCGCGAUAUCUUCACCCAGCAAGACGGGGAUCGCCCUGACGCGCAGCCCCGAGACAUGACCUUCAUCUACUGCCCCAAUUGGCUCAAGUUCCAGUAUCUAGCCGAGAUACUGGAAAGUAGCUUGGUGGAUAUCAAGUAUCUCUGGACAGAGGGCGAGCUUAGCUUGGAAUUUGUUCCUGACGAGGUAGAGGGUCUUAUCGAGGCGCUUUUUGCGGAGAGUCAGUUGAGGCGUCAGGCUAUUCAGGAGAUCAGGAGGGGUGGGAGGAGGUGA